UCUCAUGAGAACCCUUCUUAUAAUGAGAACCGCUCUUUUAAUGAGAACUCUCGCUCUCAACCCUUAGAUUUUAAUUGACGGCCACGAUUAACGCUCAUUAAUUAAGCUGCCUCUAACGUAUAACUAAAAAAAAAAGUGUCGAUCAAUUUGCUUUGGCAAUCUUGUUUCUUUAUCACUCACGAGUUACUAUCAUUCACGAUUCUCGUGAUAAUCAUCAAAUUAGGAAAACAAAGUACAAUACAAAAUACCGAUCAUCAUCGUCUUCUUUGUUGUGGAGCAAUCAAAUACAACAAACCAUCGCUUAUCCGAAGGUUCUAAUAUGAAUGAGAUUCAACAAGAAGAAGACAAAUAUGAGCCUAACCAUGACCAACUACAAUUUGAAAAUGAAGAGCGCGUUGAACGUCAAGGAGGAGAAAAUGAGACGCCUAACAAAUGCAGAAGUCCUAUGAGUGUAAUUAAGGAGUGGGUUCCUGUAUGUGAAGAUGAUUUGAAACCAAAAGAAGGGAUGGAGUUUGACAACCUGGAGGAAUGUGAGAAAUUCUACAAAAAAUAUGCUCAUCAGGUCGGUUUUAGUGUACGUAAAUCAUCUAGCAAAAAGGAUAAAAAAACUGGGUUAUUGAAGUAUAAAACGUGUGUAUGUGCAAAAGAGGGAUUUAGAGAAGCUAAAUACGCAGGUAAGCAAAAAGUAAGAAAUGUGAAAUUGAGUAGGGAAGGGUGUGAGGCUCUGGUUGGUUUUAAAAGGACGCCAGAAGGUAAAUAUGUAGUAUACAAAUUUCACGAAGGUCAUACCCAUUUACUUGCAACUCCUAGAAAGUGCCACAUGCUAAAAUCAAACAGGGGAAUUACUAAUGUCCAUAGAUGCUUGUAUAAGGCAUUUGCUCGUGCCAAUGUUGGUGCAAGUAGAGCGCAUCGUUACAUAAAGGAACAAGUGGGUGGGUAUCAAAAUGUUGGAUGUAGUAAGCAAGAUUUGAAAAACUUCCAAAGAGAUUUGAGCCUUCAUAUUAAAGAUUAUGAUGUUGACAUGUUUAUUGAGAACUUCAAGAGAAAACAAAAAAUUGAUCCUUCAUUCUAUUUUGCAUAUGAGAUAAACAAGGCCACGCGCCAAUUGAGACAUGUGUUUUGGGCAGAUGGCAUUUCUAGAAAAAAUUAUGCAUUAUAUGGAGAUGUUUUGUCAUUUGAUACUACUUAUGACACUAACAGAUAUAAGAUGAUCUUUGCUUCAUUUACUGGUCUUGAUAAUCACAGACUUUAUAUUACAUUUGGAGCAGCAUUUUUGGGGAUGAGAAAGCUGAAUUUUUUUCGUGGUUAUUUGAAAAGUUCUUAGAUGCAAUGGAGGGUCAUAAACCUGUUUGCAUCAUUACUGAUCAAGAUCCUGCAAUGAAAGUAGCCAUCAAAAAUAUUUUUGACACGUCUACUCAUAGGUUUUGCAUAUGGCAUAUAAUGAGAAAACUUUCAGAAAAGGUGGGAAGCACUUUGAGUAGUAAUGAAGAUUUUAUGAACCAAUUUAAGUCUUGUGUGUAUAAUUCAGAGACAAAGGAGGAAUUUGAAUCAUCUUGGAAAUCAGUUAUCAAUGAAUUUGAGUUACAAAAUAAUGACUGGCUUUCUCAGAUGUUUUCAAUUAGGAACUUGUGGAUACCAGCUUAUUUCAGAGAUGUUUUCUUAGGAGCUGUAUUACGGACGACGUCGAGGUCUGAAAGUGAAAAUAGUUUUUUUUUUGUAGUUUCACAAAUCCGCAUUUGAGUCUAGUGGAGUUCUGGAUGCGGUUUGAGAGUGCUGUAGAAUCACAGAGACAUUCUCAAUCAAUGUCUGACAAUGAUAACUUUUCUUUAAUUCCUGAACUAAAAACAAAUAGGGAUUUGGAGAGACAUGCAAGUCAAGUCUAUACUUUCACUAACUUUUACAAGUUUCAAGAGCAGUUGUGGCUUGCUUGUAUGGAUUGUGAAGUUGAGGACAAGAAAGAGACAGAAGAGGGACUAGUUAUAACAAUAUCUAAUCAUGCUAGAAAAAAUGGGAAGAUGCGUGAGGUUGUAUAUAACUCUCUUAGUCACGUGGCACGCUGUUCGUGCAAAAUGUUUCAAUGUGAAGGCAUUCCAUGCCGACAUAUAUUAUGCAUUCUGAAGGGAAAAGGUUUGUCUGAAGUUCCAGGUUACUAUAUCUUGAACAGAUGGACCAAGAUGGCAGCAAGCAAGUCAAUUUUUAACGUGUCUAGUAACCUUUUGGAAGGUUGUUCCAAAAGAGAUAAUGAGGAUAAGCUCAUUUCUAAUAAUUGGUUGGAAUUCAUGAACUGCAUGAAUUUGGCAGGAAGAGACCCUGAAAAACUAACUCUUAUCUCAAAUGAAUUACAAAAUGUAUCAAAACAAUUAAAAGAGUUCGAGAGUAAUCCCACUGAGAGCAAGACACAAGAGUUGGAAUCUUUUAUCGGAUCAAGUGCACCGAAAGAAGUUGAGAUUCUUCCACCAAAACAAUCGAAUACCAAAGGAUCUGGUAAACGUAUGAAGGGGGGAAAAGAGAAGGCAAUGGAACAGCAAGAAAAGAAACAGAGACAUUGUAAAAGUUGUGGUCAUUUGGCAUACCAUGAUAGCCGAAAUUGCCCUGCAAAGCUCUCUAUUUAACCAGGUACCCUUCUUUCUGUUUAAUAUGUAAUUUAAAUUUAGUUUUUGUUUUGUCUUACUAAUUCCUUUGUUUUCCUAGGGUGCUCUGUUGUUGUAUGUUGUCUGUGGUUACUACUUUGGCUCUAGCUGCUGCUGGUGGUGGUGGUGGUGAUGGUGUUGUUGCUGCUUUUGAUGUGGUUUUGCUGCUGCUGGUGGUGGUGGUAUUGCAGAUGUUGAUGUGGUGGUGAUGGAGAUGGUGCUGCUUUUGAUGUGGUGUUGAUGCAACCGUUUAUUUUUUACCAUCUGCUGUUGUUUUUUUUCAUUGGAUAAUAGGGCGAAUUUUGUGCUAGUUCUCGUUGCUUGACUACUUGUUACAGCAAUAAGCUGAAGUAUGUAUUAUGCAUCAUCGUUUUAGGGUCACGGUUUGGUAUCAAACUCAAUUGUGUCUUGUGAGCAGUUGAUGUACUUAAAAAAGUCUGAAUAUGGCUUAUGCAGAAGAGUGUCUUAAGGCAAUAUUCUCCUUGUUGCACGGUCAGAUAAUGUGACUAUUGGAUCAAACUAAAAAUCAUUAAUAAUGAUGUUAAUAUGGGUAUACUGC